UUCCAGCCUAGCUUGAGUAGUUGUCAUUGUGCAUGCUUUAUUGCUUACAGUCUAGGUUAGAAACAUAGACAGGGUCUCGACCAGUGUGGCUUACGAUCUCUACUUUAGUAGGAAGCAAGGAUGUCAGGACGGAAACCCAGGAAGAAUGCAAGAAUGGAGGAGGAGGACGGGAGUAGCGAGUCAGAAUUUGAUUCGGAUGCAAUGGAAGAGGAGGAAACGAGCAACAAAAAUGAGGAAAUACAAGUGGACUUUGAAGGUCGCAAUCCCGCAGGCAGUGACUUCCAUGGCAUUCGGCAAUUGCUGCAGCAGCUGUUCUUGAAGGCACACAUAAACCUUUCACAACUUACGGACAUGAUUAUCGCCCAAAGUAAUAUCGGCAGCGUUAUUAUACAGAGUGAACCUGACGAUCAAGAUGAGGAUGAUGAUGAUGAUGAAGAUGAAAUGAUGGAAGAUAACACCGUGUUUGGAAUUACGACAGUUAUCAAUAUUUCCCAUAAAAAAGAAGUUGAGUGCAUAAAGCAACUGCGCUCUCACAUAUUAGACAAAGCCACUUCUGGUGGUGACUCCAAAAGUCUACAAAUUUUGAAAGAAGUCCUCGAGAAUACAGAGAAUUGCGUAGGUAUUUUACUCAACGAACGAUUUGUUAACAUACCCGCGCAAAUUUCCGUCCCGCUCUUUGAAACGCUCUACAAGGAAAUCAAAGAAGCGAGUGAAAAGAAGACAAAGUACAAAUUUAGUCACAUUUUGUCCAUUAUAAAAUUUCAUCGACUUGAAGCGGAAGGUAAGAAACCGUCUGAAGAUUUCUAUUCAAAUCAAGAGGAAGAGAUCAUUUGUAAAGACGCUAUUGUAAGUUUCGAGUAUUCAGUUAAGUCGGAGGCAGACACAGGCGUGUCGGGAGAUUGGGUUGAAGAUGAUAGUGGUUUGACCCCGUAUCGUAAAAUUAUAUUGUUGGAUGCGAACAAAUUUGUUAGUUUAUCGGAAACUGUUAAGAAUUUUCUUAGUGAAUAAAAAAUUUUGUAAAG